GAAACAAUAAACCCCUAUAUAUACGUGUUACUGUUCGUCUUCUCGAACACCAGAUCAACUACCUUGCGUCACACGCCUGAUACAAAAGCAUCAUCUCAUCAUGGCCUAUCCCUCGACAUACUCCGCCUGGCGUCGCAGCGGCCUCAAAGGUACUGCAGAGAAUCGUCUUACAAUUAUCCGCACGGAUGACGAGACUCUCCCUUCCACCCUUGAUCCCAAUGACGUAGUUAUCAAGAUCCACACCGUGUCCCUAAACUACCGCGAGAUCGCUAUGCUGAACGGUGUCUAUCCAAUGGACAUCCUGGACAAAGGUGUUCCGUGUUCAGAUGCUGCAGCCGAGGUCGUCGCGACGGGGUCUGCAGUCUCAAGGUUCUUGGUCGGAGACCGGGUGUGUCCAAACACUAGCCUCGGGAAGACGUAUGAGGGAGGAAGCGACGGGACCAGUGUUGGGGUUGGAACGAACGCGAUGGGCGUGUUGCGACAGUAUGCUGUGUUCAACGAGGAGCAUCUAGUGAAGAUGCCUGAACAUUUGUCUUGGGAAGAGGCAUCACUCCUUCCUUGCGCAGGCGUAACUGCGUGGAAUGCGCUCGAUGGGCUCAAGAACGUGCCGAAAGGUGCCUAUGCGCUGCUCCAAGGUACCGGCGGUGUUAGCAUGUUUGCACUCGUAUUGUGUCUCUCAGCCGGUAUCAGACCCAUUAUUACAUCGUCGUCUGACGAAAAACUUGCUGCGAUUAAGCAGCUCAGCCCCGAGAUUCAGGGACUCAACUACAAGAUGGUAUCUGAUCAAGCAGCGGAAAUCCAGCGACUUACGAACGGACGAGGUGUUCAUUUUGUCGUUAAUAACAUCGGACCUAAAUCCCUCAUGGAGGAUAUCAACUUUCUGUGCGAGAGAGGCGGCACUGUUUCAUUAGUCGGUUUCUUGGCAGGUUUUGACGCUGAUUGGUCGCCGAGCCAUAUCAUGAGCUUGAUGGGUAAGGCGGCCAAACUGAAGGGCAUUGCCAUGGGCACUCGAGACGACUUCGAAGAGAUGAACCGUUACUUAGAAAAAGGGAACGUUCAUUUUGAUGCGUUAUUGGUAGAUCGACCAUUCGCCUUCGCGAACGCAAAGGAUGCAUAUGAUCGACUGGAAUCGGGCAAGUUCCACGGAAAAAUUGUCAUUAGUGUAGACUAGCAAGGUGUCGAUGUCAAGUGACUGUGGUCCGUCUACUUGGAUCCAGUUUCGCGGCUCCACCUGGUUAAGCGUUGAGUUGUCGAAUUGAUCCUAUCUUUCUGGAGAUUGAAGCGAUACCUCAGGCUUAUUGCUUGUCUUUCGGCUAUAUUCUCGUAAUGUCUGGCCGUUAGCCGAGUACUCGUAUCC